AGAUCUGAGAAAACUCCAGCUCGGGCAUACAGCGCAACGAGGAAGAAGGAACAAUGGGGCUGUUCCUUUGUGCCUGCCCUUGAAGCACUGGGUGGAGGCCGCUUGUGCGCCCUGGUGGUGCCCUUGCUCACGUGUUCCCAGCAGCAGUGGCGUCUGUGGGGAUGCUGUGCAUUGAAGACUGGCACUGUUUUGGGUAGUGGUUCUGAGAGGAACUGCUAAACCAGGCAGUUCCGGCCAAGGGGGAGCCCAAGCAGGAUUGCUGUGUGAAGACCGAGCUGCUGAGAGAAGCGACAUCUAUGGCUGCCGAUGAAGGCUCCGCUGAGAAGCAGGCGGGAGAGGCCCACAUGGCUGCAAGUGGUGAGACCAAUGGGUCUUGUGAGAAGAGCGAUGCCAGCUGUCAUCCAAAUGCAGCAAAGCACACUCAGGAGAGCACAAGAGUCAGCCCGCAGGAAGGCACCAAUAAACUAGCUCGGAUAGCAGAAAAUGGAAUUUCAGAAAGAGAGCCAGAAGUGGGGAAGCAGAACCAUGUCACAGCUGACGACUUCGUGCAGACUUCUGUCAUUGGCAGCAAUGGCUUCUUCUUGAGUAAACCCGCCCUGCAGACACAGCCCUUGAGGACUACCAGCACUCUGGCCUCUUCGCUUCCUGGCCACGCUGCAAAAACCCUUCCUGGAGGGGCUGGUAAAGGCAGGACUCCAAGCGCUUUUCCUCAGACGCCAGCGGCAGCACCGGUGGUGCUCGGGGAAGGGAGUGCUGACACAGAGGACAGGAAGCCCCUGGCUCCCGGCACUGAUGUCAAGGUUCACAGGGCACGCAAGACCAUGCCGAAAUCCAUCAUGGGCCUGCACACGGCCAGCAAAGACCCCAGAGAGGUUCGAGGAGCUAGAGAUCGUAAGGAACCGAAAGACGAGACCGACAAAGACAUCUCCGACUUCGGACGGCAGCAGCUUUCACCCCCCUUCCCGUCCCUUCACCAGUCGCUACCUCAGAGCCAGUGCUACGUGGCCACCACAAAAUCACAGACAGCAGCUGCAGUAUCUCGGAAGAAAAAACGAAGAAUGGGAACCUAUAGCCUGGUUCCUAAGAAAAAGACCAAAGUAUUAAAACAGAGGACGGUGAUUGAGAUGUUUAAGAGCAUAACUCAUUCCACUGUGGGUUCCAAGGGCGAGAAGGGCCUGGGCGACAGCGCCCUCCACAUGAACGGGGAGAGCCUGGAGCUGGACUCAGAGGAGGAGGACUCAGAAGAGCUGGAGGAGGACGACGGGCAGGGGGCCGAGCAGGCGGCCGCGUUCCCCACGGAGGACAGCAGGACACCCAAGGAGGGCAUGUCUGAGGCCGACCACACCCAGAAGAUGGAUGGCGAGUCUGAGGAGGAGCAGGAGUCAGCAGACACGGGGGAGGACGAGGAAGGCGGCGACGAGUCUGACUUGAGUUCUGAGUCCAGCAUCAAGAAGAAGUUUCUCAAGAGGAAAGGGAAGACCGACAGCCCCUGGAUCAAGCCAGCUAGGAAAAGGAGACGGAGAAAUAAAAGGAAGCCCAGCAGUGUGCUAGGUUCUGAGGCGUAUAAGUCAUCUUCAGGAGGCACAGAGCAGAUGGCGCCAGGAGACAGCACAGGGUAUUUGGAAGUGUCUCUGGACUCCCUGGAUCUUCGUGUCAAAGGGAUUCUGUCCUCACAAACAGAAGGGCUGGCCAACGGUCCGGAAGCGCUGGAGACAGAUGGCCUCCAGGAGGUGCCUCUCUGCAGCUGCCGCAUGGAGACGCCGAAGAGCCGAGAGAUCACCACCCUGGCCAACAGUCAAUGCAUGGCGACUGAGAGUGCGGACCAUGAACUGGGCCGGUGUACCAAUAGCGUAGUCAAGUAUGAGCUGAUGCGCCCAUCCACCAAGGCCCCACUCCUGGUGCUGUGUGAAGACCACCGGGGUCGCAUGGUGAAGCACCAGUGCUGUCCUGGCUGUGGCUACUUCUGCACGGCGGGCAAUUUUAUGGAGUGCCAGCCUGAGAGCAGCAUCUCUCACCGUUUCCACAAAGACUGUGCCUCUCGUGUCAAUAAUGCCAGCUACUGUCCCCACUGCGGGGAGGAGACCUCCAAAGCCAAAGAGGUGACCAUAGCAAAAGCAGACACGACUUCCACGGUGACGCUGGCCCCAGGGCAGGAGAAGGGCUCAGCCUUGGAGGGCAGGGCUGACACCACCACGGGCAGCACUGCUGGAGUGCCACUCUCAGAGGAUGACAAGCCGCAGAGCACAGCUUCCCAGGGACCCGAGGGCUUCGAUCCCACGGGAGCUGCGGGGCUGGUGAGGUCCACACCUGGCCUUUCCCAGGGCCCUGGGAAGGAGACCUUGGAGAGCGCGCUCAUUGCCCUGGACUCGGAAAAACCCAAGAAGCUCCGCUUCCACCCGAAGCAGCUGUACUUCUCCGCCAGGCAGGGAGAGCUGCAGAAGGUGCUGCUCAUGUUGGUGGAUGGAAUCGACCCCAACUUCAAAAUGGAGCACCAGAAUAAGCGUUCCCCACUACAUGCCGCGGCGGAGGCUGGUCACGUGGACAUCUGCCACAUGCUGGUUCAGGCGGGCGCCAAUAUCGACACCUGCUCGGAAGACCAGAGGACUCCACUGAUGGAGGCGGCAGAAAACAACCACCUAGAUGCAGUGAAAUACCUCAUCAAGGCAGGGGCGCUGGUGGACCCCAAGGAUGCAGAGGGCUCUACGUGUUUGCACUUGGCUGCCAAGAAAGGCCACUAUGAUGUGGUCCAGUAUCUGCUUUCGAAUGGACAAAUGGACGUCAACUGCCAGGAUGAUGGAGGCUGGACACCCAUGAUCUGGGCCACAGAGUACAAGCAUGUGGACCUUGUGAAACUAUUGCUGUCCAAGGGCUCCGACACCAACAUCCGGGACAACGAGGAGAACAUUUGCCUGCACUGGGCAGCGUUCUCAGGCUGCGUGGACAUAGCUGAGAUACUGCUGGCUGCCAAGUGUGAUCUCCACGCCGUGAACAUCCACGGAGACUCACCCCUGCACAUUGCUGCCAGGGAGAAUCGCUACGACUGUGUCGUCCUCUUUCUUUCUCGGGAUUCAGAUGUCACCCUAAAAAACAAGGAAGGAGAGACGCCAUUGCAGUGUGCGAGCCUCAACUCUCAGGUGUGGAGUGCUUUGCAGAUGAGCAGGGCCCUCCGCGACUCAGCCCCCGACAAGCCCCUCCCUGUGGAGAAGACGGUGAGCAGAGACAUUGCCCGAGGCUAUGAACGAAUCCCCAUCCCCUGUGUCAACGCGGUGGACAGUGAGCCGUGCCCCAGCAACUACAAGUACGUCUCUCAGAACUGUGUGACAUCCCCCAUGAACAUUGACAGGAACAUCACUCAUCUGCAGUACUGCGUGUGCAUUGACGACUGCUCCUCCAGCAACUGCAUGUGCGGCCAGCUCAGCAUGCGCUGCUGGUACGACAAGGAUGGCCGACUCCUGCCAGAGUUCAACAUGGCAGAGCCUCCCUUGAUCUUCGAGUGCAACCAUGCGUGCUCGUGCUGGAGGAACUGUCGAAACCGUGUUGUGCAGAAUGGUCUCAGGGCAAGGCUGCAGCUCUAUCGGACGCGGGACAUGGGCUGGGGCGUGCGGUCCCUGCAAGACAUCCCACUGGGCACCUUUGUCUGCGAGUAUGUGGGGGAGCUCAUCUCCGACUCAGAAGCCGAUGUUCGAGAAGAAGAUGCUUACCUCUUUGAUCUUGACAAUAAGGUAAUGCCCAUUGUAGCCAGAAGCCUGCCAACUCCACUGCUCAAUGCCGGCUUCGGUUCUGUGCUCGAUGGAGGGCAUCUUCGUUGGGAACCCUACCUGGGAAGUCCUGAGUUUGUGCAACAGGCUGCUCACCGCGUGCGAGUGGGCCUCAGACACACCCCUCCAACCCCUGGACCCCGACUGACCAUCCAGGGUGGGACCCAGCAACCCCAAGGCCACAGAAAGUCUAGGGAUGGCUGUGUGUUGGACAUGACGGUGGAGCAUUCAGUGUUCGCCCUUUAUGAUGCUGACUUUAGGCGCUUUGUACAUGCUCACCAGUGGGCGCCUGCCCCCUCUGGCCACGCCCGCCCCCACCCCUGCUGCUUCCUCUCCCUGUGGCCUUGCCUCUUCUGGAACACGGUGUCAGUGGAGCUGCGGCUUGUGGCCUUUGUCUGGCUGCUUUGA